CCAGUCCCGUUCCAGUGUCAGUACCAGAUCUGUUCCAGUGUCAGUACCAGAUCUGUUCCAGGGUCAGUACCAGUUCUGUUCCAGUGUCAGUACCAGAUCUGUUUCAGUGUCAGUACCAGUCCCGUUUCAGUGUCAAUGCCAGAUCUGAUCCAGGGUCAUGACCAGAUUUGUGUCAGGGUCACCUCCGACCCACAGCUCUAAUCAGUGUAACCUCACACUGUGUGCUUGGCCCCAGGCGCUAAGCUAAGCCCUCCCAUAGCAAAGGGGCUAAGGAGGGGGUAUUAGCCACAGGCUAAUGGCGGGGAGUGUUCACAGUGUGAUAUUCUCUACUGGUUUAGUGCGGUGUUUUAGGUAUUAUUAGGCCAUGAUCUGGUGCGAGUUAGCACAGAUUUUUGGGGCUAAACUCAUUAGUAAGCAAAAACAUGGUGCCUGUCUGUCAACACUGGAGUGUAAAUCACGCUGGAGAUGUUACUGACCAGCCAAAGCGUAGCCCACACGUGGUGUGUUUGUCACACAUGGUGCCAAACUAGCCAAGCUUACAGUCAUUUUGGUAUAACUAACUGCUAAAAUCACCAACUUGUCUUAAGAACAAUGAUAAUCAGAAGAGUGGCCUUUAUUAUGACUUGUUACAAUGCACCGAUAUAUUCACAUGUUUUUGUCAUGGGGAAGAAUGUCACGAACUUCAUGUAAACAUUGCUGUCAUUGGCUGCCAUAGCCCUGGAACGUGACAAUGUAAAAACACCUGAGUGAUGUAAUCCUUUUCUCUCUCUCCAGGUGAACUCCUGUGAAUGGCACGCUCCUUCUGAUUGACAGGUCCAACCCUGUAUCCUGUCCCCCCCCUCCCCUCCCUUUCAGACACCCCCUACACCCCCCCAAACACACAUACACACCUACACUGUCACCAUGGCGACGGACGACGGGUACUUCUUGGCUCACAAGCUGGCGCUGCCCCCGUGGGACGCCGGGUCGGAGCGACUCCUCAGGUGUGAGGACGAGAUUGAGCGCCGCUACGAGAUCGUACCGUCCGUCGUCUGCUCCAUGUGCUGCCUGUUUGGCAUCAUCUACUGCUUCUUCGGCUACCGGUGCUUCAAGGCGGUGAUGUUCCUGACGGGCCUGAUGUUCGGCUCCGUGGUCAUCUUCAUGCUGUGCUACAAGGAGCGUGUGCUGGACACGCAGCUGAGCGUGGAGGCGUCCGUGGGCAUCGGCCUGGGCAUUGGCACCCUCUGCGGCCUGGUCACCAUGCUGGUGCGCAGCGUGGGCCUCUUCAUGGUGGGGCUGCUGCUCGGGCUGCUGGUGGCGUUGGCAUCGCUGGUGGUCCUGGAGGAGUUCUACGAGCCGCGCACCAUGUGGCUGCCGCUGGGCGUGCUGUUGGGCUCGGGGAUGCUCUUCGCCGUGCUCACGCUGCAGUGGCAGCGCUGCUUCGUCACGCUCUCCACGGCGACCUUCGGCGCGGCCGUCAUCACCGUCACCGUGGACUACUUCGUGGAGAUGCUGGCGCUGGUGCGCCACGUGUACGAGCGGGUCAAGCUGGCGCCGCGCCACGUCUGCUGGUUCACCUGGGUCAUCAUGGGCGUCUGGCCCACCCUGGCACUGCUCGGGGUUCUGAUCCAGUGGAAAGUCACGGCAGAGGGGUACUCACACACUGAAGUGUUCAUUAGCCACCAGCAGCGGCGCGUGCAACUGAUGAAGAUCCGCCAGAGGGAGGAGAGGAAGGAGUGCAACAAGAAGAAGAAGAAGAAGAAACAGCCGCAGCCAAAGCAGCAGCAGCAGCAUCACCAUCAGCAGAAGCCCUCAUCCCAGCAGAAUCACCAUGACCAGCAUCCACAUCCGCGUCCGCAUCCGCAUCCACAGCAACAGCAUCACGGUCAGCAGCAGCCGUAUCCCAAACAAAAGAGGACUCAGCAUCAGCACCACAGCCAGAGCCAGAGCCAGAGCCAGAGCAGCAGCCACUCACGCCAAAAUCAGUACCAGCAUCCACAGCUUCCACCGCAGCAUCAGCAGCAGCAGCAUCAGCAGCAGCCCCAGCAGCAGCAUCCACAGCUUCCACAGCAUCCACAGCAGCAGCAGCAGCAGCAGAAUCAGUACCAGUCCUAUCACAGCCACAGCCAGCCCCACACCUCGCGCUCGCAGAAAUCAGGCCCCCACCCUGACCCCACCUACAGGCGCAAGCCCAACCCCAUACGCCGCUUUGACGGAGAUGUGCUUUCGCCGAGCUACAUUCAGAGUUUUCGGGACAGGCAGGGGGAUAGCCGUGGCUACUCACAGGGGCGCAUGGUUGGGGGGUCCCACCACAUCGUGGACCUGGACUAUGACUACGGCUCCCAGGUCCCCCUAACCGCGGCCGCAGCCGCCGCAGCCGCAUCCGAGGGACCCAACGUACGAGUGUGACCGCCCAUAACCCCUUUUCUUCAUCCCAAAAACUGAUCUCACUGCCUGCGCCCAGUUGCC